AUGGCCGAUCUACAGACGCCUACCGAAGCGACACUUCUCUCAACGUCAAAUUCGGCCACCGACUACGCUACUCCGAUCUCAAAAGAAGCUGGCACACAAAUCUCCCUUAUCGAAACCACGGUCCCUACUACAAACGAACCUUCAGAGCCGGCACCUGCCCCUACGGUGACGACGACGGACGCGGCUAUGAAUGGGGUUACAAAUGCAAGCACAAACACUACUACACUUACCAAUGGCACCACAUACACACCCGCAGCAUCAUCGGCUACAACUACUCCCCUUCCCGCAACCACCUCUGCACCUGCCGCUGUGGCAGAUGGACUGGCCAAAAAUGGCCAACCGGCUAACCUGAGUGAUUACGACGAUCCGCCGUUGUUUUCCCCGUCACUCAUUUCCGAAGAGGUGGUGUCACGGCUGCCCGAGGGCUACACGAUUCGCCCUCUCCGACGAAGUGAUUACUAUGGAGGCUUUCUUCCCACCCUCCGCGUCCUCACCACGGUCGGCGAACCCACUCUGGCUGAAUUUAAUGCCCGCUACGACUUCAUCUCGUCGCGCAACGACACUUACUAUAUCCUGGUCAUCUGUGAUGAGACGUCGACCGUCGUGGGAACCGGGGCCGUGAUCGUGGAGCGAAAAUUCAUCCACAACAUGGGCCUUGUAGGCCACAUCGAGGACAUUGCGGUCGCGAAGAAUCAACAGGGCAAGAAAUUGGGUUUGAGGAUCAUUCAGGCGCUGGAUGCGGUGGCCGAGAGAGUGGGUUGCUACAAGAGUAUCUUGGAUUGCAGCGAGGCGAAUGAAGGAUUCUAUGUGAAAUGCGGGUUUAAGAGGGCAGGGUUGGAGAUGGCGCAUUAUUAUGAGCAAGGCCCAAAGACGAGUUAUGAGAGGUCGUGA